UAGCUUUUUCCUUGAGCCUCAGCGGCAGACGGCGCCAUAUUGAAAGACCCGACAUUCUUUUAAUAAACGUCUAAAAAUUUCCAAAAGACAAAAUGCUGUACUUAGAAGACUACUUAGAGAUGAUCGAGCAGCUACCCAUGGAUCUGCGCGACAGGUUUACGGAAAUGCGCGAGAUGGACCUGCAAGUUCAGAAUGCCAUGGACCAGCUGGAGCAGCGAGUCAACGAGUUCUUCAUCAACGCCAAGAAGAACAAACCCGAGUGGCGGGAGGAGCAGAUGGAGGUCAUUAAAAAGGAUUAUUAUAAGGCACUGGAAGAUGCAGAUGAGAAAGUCCAGUUAGCCAAUCAGAUUUAUGACUUGGUGGACCGCCACCUCAGGAAACUAGACCAGGAGCUGGCCAAGUUCAAGAUGGAGUUAGAAGCUGAUAAUGCUGGGAUCACGGAGGUCCUCGAGAGACGUUCUCUGGAGAUGGACAGCCCCUCUCAGCUUGUGAAUAACCACCAUGCUCACUCUCACCCUGCAGCAGAAAAGAGGAAAUACAGCACAUCAGGGCACCACACCACAGAGCACGUUCCAGAGAAGAAGUUCAAAUCAGAGGCACUGCUAUCUACCCUCACAUCAGACGCAUCAAAGGAGAAUACUCCUGGGUGCAGGAAUAGCAACAUGUCUUCCACCUCCAACAAUGCCUACAACGUGAACUCCUCCCAGCCCCUCACGUCCUAUAACCUGAGUUCCCUACCAGCUGGUGCAGGUGCUGGUGCGGGGGCCAUCACCAUGGCAGCAGCACAGGCUGUGCAGGCCACUGUCCAGAUGAAGGAGGGCAGACGGACGUCUAGCCUGAAGGCCAGCUACGAGGCCAUCAAAAACAGCGAUUUCCAACUAAGUCGCGACUUCUCCCUGUCUCGGGAGUCGGGAGGAUACUCUUCCUCUGCUUUGGCUUCCACUCUCACACAGACCCUCACACCCUCAUCCUCGUCAGACUCCCGCGGUGGACGCAAGACAAAAAACAACACAAAGUCUUCAAACCACCAGUCCUCUUCUUCGUCCUCGUCUUCCUCCCUCUCGUCCUGCUCGUCUUCCUCUGCCCUGGCCCAGGAGCUAUCCCAGCAGACCUCGGUCUUGCCUGAGGCUGAGGCCAGUGGCCAGGUAGACUGGACCUAUGACCCCAACGAACCUCGAUACUGCAUCUGUAACCAGGUGUCCUAUGGUGAGAUGGUUGGGUGUGAUAAUCAAGACUGUCCCAUCGAAUGGUUCCACUAUGGCUGCGUGGGCCUGACUGAGGCCCCCAAGGGGAAGUGGUACUGCCCUCAAUGCACGGCUGCAAUGAAGAGGCGGGGCAGUCGGCACAAAUAGGUCCCGUUGCCACGGCAACAGCCUCAGCUGGACUGUUGACAACUCUCAACCCCGCCCUUCCCCAAAACUUGUUAUAAACAGCCCACAAACUAUGGAAGCAUCUGUAUUUGCUGUCAGUGCACAGUUAAACAGUUCCUUUUUGUGUGUGUUAUGUAAAGACAAUGUAAGAGUCAUAUCUUCCAUCGAGGGUGGAGGCUGUUUGGAGAACAGAAUACCAGACACUCGGAGCAUCUACCUGAAGACAUUCCACAACUUGUUCCGUGUGGUGGAUGAAAACAAACUGAUUUCUCGGCAGCACAAAGAGCUCGAAGCUUUUACUGUAUGUGGAUUCAUUGCACAUUCUGAAUAAUUAGCCUCGAGGGAUUGUGGGGCAGCCAGAAGUUUCAUCGUAUCAUAAGUUUGUGGAAAAUUCUGAAUGGAUGCAAUUUAACGGAAUAACAGAUGGCAAUGCAGAUGUUACCAACAAUAUGUUUGACUGAUGCCUUCUUUGAUGGAGUAAUGAGGCUAUUUUUUGAAGCUGUCUGCAUUUACCUUAUAAAUUGUAUGAACAAAGUCAUGCUCUAGUCUGUAUGUGUAUCUGUAAUACUGGUUUGUCCUUCUGCACUGAAUAUGAUAUACAACUUUCCCAGACGUGUAGAAAAGAAAUU